CCAUGGAGAGUCAAAGGUGAAAAAACGCUAGGAAAAGGUCUAAAUCUCUCGGAGGUCGGAGCCCCGCCGGAAACCACCAUUACUUCAGUUUGAAGACGAGGGACUUCAAUCGGAACGGCAAAGCUAGAAAUUUGUGAGGAUGGGUAUUUGAAUUAUGGGUUUUGUCGGAUUUUGAUAGGAGUCAUGGAAGGGCAGCUCCCAAAUACAAAGAAAUGGGUAGUGUUUUACCCUGUUUAUAUAAAUUCGAAGAAAACUGUAGCUGAAGGGAGGCGGAUUAGCUUGAGCAAAGCAUGUGAGAAUCCUACUUGUGUUGAGAUUGGUGAUUGCUGUAACCAUCUCAAACUCCCAUCUGUUAUUGAGAUUGAUAAGGCAUAUCCUCGUGACUUCAUGCAAAGAGGGAGAGUGAGGGUAUCGCUGAGAGGGGAAGAUGGGACCUUAUACAAUCCAACCAUUUCUUCUAGAAAGCAGCUUAUGCUCCAUGUUGCAGAACUUGUACCUAGACAUCCUGGAAGAAACAAGAAACAGGAAGUUCCAUCAACAUCAGCAGCUGGUGCUGGACCUUCUAACAAGUCUGGGAAGAGUGGAAGAAAAAAGAGAUAAUUCCAGCAUUCAAAAUUAUCAACAACUUAAAUCUUUUUGUUAGCAAAAUUAUCAACAACUUAAAUCAUUUUGUCGACCAAUAUAGACUUCCUUAAAAAAUUCUCUUCUAUUCUCCAUUGUAGCUUUAUUUUUGGGUUUUGUCUGUUCCCUUAGAACAAAGAACAAAUACCAAUUACAGUGUUUUCAAGUUUCAGAUUGUUUGGUUAGACCGUUAGAACACAAUUGUCAUGGUUCCUAUUUAAACUCUGUUUCCACUUGCAACCGUUUCUAUUUUAUAGUCUAAAUUGUAUGAUAACUUUUAUAUAAAUAAAUAAAAUCUCUUAGU